AUGGCGGGGCCGGGUAGUUCCAUGUUGUAUUCCUUUCUUCUGUUCACUGUCAUUCUAUCACUUCAACAGAUGUACAGAGGGAAGUUAGCAUCAACAGAGUUGUUUACCAUUCUUGGGGGUUUCAUUAGUUCUCUCCUAUUCCUUGUGCUGUUCACAUUCAUUGGCAAUCUCCAAGAAACAAGUGGCGUAAGGACUGGCUGGGGUGCCGUUAUUAUAGCAGAAGCAGUUGCUCUUAUUGCUGCUGGCACUGUCCAUCGAGUUUGUAUCACAACAUGUCCUCUUAUAGAUAGGGAGCCAGACAUUUUCAGUGGGCGUACGCAAGGCAAAGCAUAA